UACCACUCGUACGAGGACUUGUGGUACCCGAUCCCCAACGACGAGAGGGAGCAGGAACGCGAAAACAUGAGGCACGCCAUGAUGCUGGAGUUGACCGAGGGGAAACACUUCUUUGCGCCGAUAGGCGACAGUCCGCAGAAGAUCAUCGACCUAGGUACCGGUACAGGCAUAUGGGCGAUUGAGGUCGCCGAGAAAUUCCCCUUAGCCAACGUGUUGGGUAUCGAUAUCACGUCAAUACAGCCGAUCUGGGUACCGCCAAAUCUGGGCUUCCUUGUCGACAACAUCCAAAGGGACUGGCACAACGGCGAAGACUUCGACUUCGUGCACGCGCGCCACAUGUUCCCGCUGCUCGAGAGGCCCAACAAAGUCCUCGCCGAGUCUUUCGCACACCUCAAGCCCGGGGGCUGGUUCGAGUGCCAAGAACUCGAUGCUAUCGCGUUAUGCGACGACGGGACGGUCCCUGCCGACUAUCGCUUGGGCAAAUUUCUGGAUCUGGCCGCGCAUGCCCUGAGAAUAUUCGGCUACGACAUGCAGAUCGCCACCAAGCUCGAGGAGCCGAUCAAAGCCGCCGGGUUUGUGAACGUAACGUGCAAGAAGUUCAAGGUGCCCGUGGGCACGUGGCAACAGGACGAACGGUUGCGGUCGGUUGGGCAGUGCCUCCGUGACGCCCUCGAGCAGAUGCUGGGCGCCUUCGGGGCGAGGCUGUUCGCCGAGUUGGGCAUGUCUCAGGCCGAAAUCGAAGUCUUCUUCGUGGGCGUGCGCCAGGAUCUGAGAAACGACGAUUACCACAGCUACCUGGAGUACAUAUUCUGGACGGGGCAGACGCCGGGCCAGCCCCACGCAACGACGACGCGACAAGCCGUAACUAAAACUUGCCGGUUACCGGACUCGAUGCAUCUUUCCUCGGUUGGUGUUUCGUUAUAG